AUGUGGAGCAUGUUGAGAGCCAACGUGCUGCUGCUGUUGUUCUUGUUUUCAUGGCUGGCUUCUGCAUGCACAGCCUCUGUGAGCUAUGACCACAGAUCCAUAAUAAUUAACGGCCGAAAAAGGAUUCUUAUUUCGGGUUCCAUUCACUAUCCCAGAAGCACACCUGAGAUGUGGCCAGAUUUAAUACAGAAGGCCAAAGAAGGAGGCGUGGAUGUUAUACAGACCUAUGUGUUUUGGAACGGGCAUGAGCCGUCUCCAGGAAAAUAUUACUUUGAGGACAGAUAUGAUUUGGUUAAGUUCAUCAAGCUGGUACACCAAGCAGGCCUAUAUGUUAACCUCCGGAUUGGCCCUUAUGUCUGUGCUGAAUGGAACUUCGGGGGAUUCCCUGUUUGGCUGAAGUAUGUUCCCGGAAUUGCUUUUAGAACAGACAAUGAGCCUUUCAAGGCGGCAAUGCAAACAUUCACGGAGAAGAUUGUCGGUAUGAUGAAGGCAGAAAGCCUGUUUCAAUCUCAGGGAGGUCCCAUAAUUCUGUCCCAGAUAGAAAACGAAUAUGGACCGGUAGAGUGGGAAAUUGGUGCUCCUGGGAAAGCUUAUACCAAUUGGGCUGCUCAGAUGGCUGUGAAUCUUAAUAUUGGAGUUCCAUGGAUUAUGUGCAAGCAAGAGGAUGCCCCUGAUCCAAUAAUUGACACCUGCAACGGUUUCUACUGCCAAAAUUUCACUCCAACCAAGAAAUAUAAACCCAAAAUGUGGACAGAAGUCUGGACUGGCUGGUAUACAGAAUUUGGUGGGGCAGUUCCUACUAGACCUGCAGAAGACUUGGCAUUUUCUGUUGCAAGGUUCAUACAAAAUGGCGGUUCUUUUGUGAACUAUUAUAUGUACCACGGAGGAACGAAUUUUGGCCGAACAGCUGGAGGUCCCUUCAUUGCCACCAGCUAUGACUAUGACUCCCCCUUGGAUGAAUUUGGCCUACCUAGGGAACCAAAGUGGGGACAUUUGAGAGAUCUGCAUAGAGCCAUCAAAUUAUCUGAGUCGGCUUUAGUUUCUGCUGAUCCUUCAGUCAUAUCACUUGGAAGACACCAAGAGGCUCAUGUAUUCAAAUCAAGUUAUCAGUGUGCUGCAUUCCUUGCAAAUUAUGACACAAAUUACUCUGUGGAAGUGAGGUUUGGAGAUGGGCAAUAUGACCUGCCACCUUGGUCCAUCAGCAUUCUCCCUGACUGCAAAACUGCAGUUUACAACACUGCGAGGCUUGGUGCCCAAAGCUCCCAAAUGAAGAUGACACCAGUAAAUAAUGCACUUUCUUGGCAAUCGUUCACCGAAGAAACCGCCUCUUCUGACGAUCCUGAUACAUUUACAUUGGACGGAUUGAGGGACCAAAUAAAUAUGACUUGGGAUUCUACAGACUACUUGUGGUACAUGACAGAUAUCACAAUAAGCCCUGAUGAAGGAUUUCUAGAGAGUGGACAGUCACCUCUUCUCACCAUCGGUUCAGCAGGUCAUGCCCUGCAUGUUUUCAUCAACGGUCAGCUAUCAGGAACAGCUUAUGGGAGUUUGGAGAAGCGUAGACUAAGAUUUAGUGACAACCUGAAGCUGAGAUCUGGCAUCAACAAGCUUGCUUUGCUAAGCGUUUUGUUGGGUCUGCCGAAUAUUGGUCUUCAUUUUGAGACAUGGAAUGUUGGAGUUCUAGGCUCGGUCACAUUGCAAGGUCUGAAUUCGGGGACAUGGGACUUGUCACAACGGAAAUGGACCUACAAGGUUGGUCUGAAAGGUGAAGCAUUAAGCCUCCAUACUGUCAAUGGGAGUUCAUCUGUGGAAUGGGUACAGAAACCAUAUCUGGCUAAAAACCCACCCCUUACAUGGUACAAGGCUACUUUCGAUGCGCCAUCAGGUAAUGAUCCAUUAGCUUUAGAUAUGGUAAGCAUGGGAAAAGGUCAAAUAUGGAUAAAUGGACGGAGCAUUGGACGCCAUUGGCCUGCAUAUACAGCACAUGGUGCUUGUCGCGAUUGUUAUUAUGCCGGAACUUACAAUGAAAACAAAUGCCGAACCAAAUGCGGAGAGCCCUCUCAGAGAUGGUACCAUGUUCCAAGGGGAUGGUUGAAUCCGAGUGGGAAUCUGUUGGUUGUCUUUGAAGAAUGGGGUGGUGAGCCAACAAAGAUUGCUUUGGCGCAAAGAGCAACAUCAAGUGUUUGUGCUGAUAUAUUUGAAGGGCAGCCAACAUUGCAAAGCUCUCAAAAGCUAGCUUCUGCCAAACUCAUCAAAGCAAAAGCCCACUUAAGGUGUCAACCUGGGCAGAUCAUCUCUGAUAUUAAAUUUGCUAGCUAUGGGUGGCCGGAAGGGACAUGUGGAAGCUUCAAGGAAGGGAGUUGCCAUGCCCACAAAUCGUAUGAUUUUCCUAGAAGGGUAUGCAUUGGAAAACAAUUUUGCACAAUACCUGUUGCUCCGGCAUAUUUUGGAGGAGAUCCUUGUCCCGGAAGGGCAAAGAAGUUCUCAGUUGAGGCUGUGUGCAGCUAA